GAAGCCCUUGAGUAGUAGGCCAUAGGAAGAGUGGUAGCAGUGGCGGCUGCUUGUGCUACCGAGCUGCCUGCCUUGAAGUGAAGCUUUGGUGCCAUGGCUGCCUUGGGCCUUCCACCGCUACCCCCCCAGUUCAAGCCUAUUCAGCACUACCUGCGAACCGCGCAGGAACUCGACAAGCGUGAACCUGUAGUAGCGUAUUAUUGUCGUUUGUAUGCUAUGCAGACAGGUAUGAAGAUUGAUAGUAAAAAUCCAGAAUGUCGUAAAUUCUUAUGCAAACUCAUGGAUCAGCUUGAAGCUAUGAAGAAACAGUUUGGUGAUAAUGAAGCAAUUACUCAGGAAAUAGUUGGCUGUGCCCAUGUGGAGAAUUAUGCAUUGAAAAUGUUUCUUUAUGCAGAUAAUGAAGAUCGAGCUGGACAGUUUCACAAAAAUAUGAUUAAAUCUUUUUAUACUGCAAGUCUUCUAAUAGAUGUCCUGACAGUAUUUGGAGAGCUAACAGACGAGAAUGUUCAGCACAGAAAAUAUGCCCGGUGGAAGGCAACAUAUAUUCAUAACUGUCUAAAAAAUGGAGAGACUCCACAAUCUGGACCUAUUGGAAUGGAAGAAGAAUGUGAUGAUGAAAAUGAACAAACCAGUUCUCCAACACUAUCCAACCAAGAAUCACAACCAUCAUCUACAUUUCAACCAAGUAAUAUUCCCACAAGCAAUUACAGUGGCAUCCAUAUCCCACCAGGAGCUCAUGCUCCAGCUAACACUCCAGCAGAGGUACCUCAUAGCACAGGCGUAACAAGUAAUACAAUUCAGCCCACACCACAGAAUGUUCCCAUAGUUGAUCCUUCACUUUAUAAUGCCCAAGCUGCAGGGGAAAUUCGUUUGACUCCCGAAGACUUUGCCAGGGCCCAGAAAUAUUGCAAAUAUGCUGGCAGUGCUUUGCAGUAUGAAGAUGUGAACACUGCUGUGCAGAAUCUACAGAAAGCCCUCAAGUUACUGACAACAGGCAGAGAAUGAUGCCUUUGUCUGCUGGCUUCAUCACUUGUACCUAAAAAAACUUAACAAGCAGUUACUCUUAACUCUUGUCGGGAAAAUGCAUUUGCACAAAAGCUUUUGAUUUCUGUGAUAAGAAUACCACCUCUAUGUCUGUCUCAUUCUUUCCGUAGUUUUGACAGAGGAAUAAGAACUAUCUGAGGACAGAGGUUUGCAUUCAGUACACCACUUCUAGCACUCCUUGCCCAGAAC